CGCCGCAGCGAUGCAGGCGAGCGGCCCGGGCCUCCGGGAGGCCGGCAUGGAGGGCGCGGUGGGUGACCCGUACCGGCGACCCGCGCGGCGCACCCAGUGGCUGCUGAGCGCCCUAGCGCACCACUACGGGCUGGACCGCGGCGUGGAGAACGAGAUCGUGGUGCUGGCCACCGGCCUGGACCAGUACCUGCAAGAGGUCUUCCAUCACCUGGACUGCCGCGGCGCCGGCCGCCUGCCCCGCGCUGACUUCCGCGCUCUCUGCGCCGUGCUGGGGCUGCGCGCCGAGGGGGCCGCCGCCGGGGAGGCCUCCGGGGAUGCGGCCGCCCGAGACACGAAUCCGGGGGAUGCGACCGCCGGGGACGCGGCCGCUGGGGUGGCCACCGACAGGGACGCGGAUGCCGAAGAGGAGGCGCGCCUGGCGCUGCGCGCGGAGCCGCCCGAGCUCACCUUCCGCCAGUUCCACGCGCGCCUCUGCGGCUACUUCGGCACCCGCGCGGGGCCCCGGCUGCCCCGCGGCGCUCUCAGCGAGCACAUCGAGACGCAGAUCCGCCUGCGCCGCCCGCGCCGCCGCCGCCGCCCGCCCCGCACGUCCGCCCCGGACGGCGGCCCCGAGGGCGGCCGGGACGGCGAGCGCCUGGCGCGGUUGGAGGAGGAGAACAGCAGCCUGCGCGAGCUGGUGGAGGACCUGCGGGCCGCGCUGCAGAGCAGCGACGCGCGCUGUCUAGCGCUGCAGGUCGGCCUCUGGAAGAGCCAGGCGGGCGCGCAGGAGUCGGGGCGCGACGGGCCCGAGGCGGCGGCGCGGGAGCUGCGGCAGGCGCGGGGCGCUCUGGCGGUAGCCGAGGCCCGCGCGGGGCGGCUGCGCCAGGGCCAGGCCGAGGUGCGGCGGCGCGCCGAGGAGGCCCGGGAGGCGGUGCUGCGCAGCCUGGGCCGCGUGCGCGAGCUCGAGGCGCUGGCGCGACAGGUGCCCGGCCUGCAGCGCUGGGUGCGGCGGCUGGAGGGCGAGCUGCGGCGCUACAGGUCAGAGGGCACCCAGCCCCCAAUCUCGUCACAAGCCAGCCCAGAGCCAGAAGCCAAGAGUGGUGACCCUGCAGACAGUGGGACCAGAAGCCCAGACAGCCCUCCAGAGGGCGCCUGGCAGUCAGACAGCGGUUCCAGGAGCGGACCCCUGGACGAAGUGGACGGGCAGCUGUUCCGCUCAGUGGAGGGCCAGGCCGCCUCCGAUGAAGAAGAGGAGGGUGAGGAGAAGUGGCAGGAAGAGCAGAGGUCACUGGCAGAGGUCAAGACGUUGCUGGCAAGCCUCUCCAGCUGCAGAAGUGGGUGUGAUGACCAGACAGCCAAGACGCUCAUGACUUACUUCAGCCACUUUGGCAGUGGUGACCAUGCCUGCACCCUGGGACAGCUGGAGGCCCACAUCGCCAUGCUGGUGGAGCAGCUGGGGACCCACGGCUGCCGUAGGAAGGCCCUGGGGACACCUGGGGAGGAGGCAGAGCUACAGCAGAAGGUGGAAGAGAAUGAGCACCUGAGGCUGGAGCUGCAGAUGGUGGAGACAGAGAGGGUGCGGCUGUCCCUGCUGGAGGAGAAGCUGGUAGACGUGCUGCAGCUCCUGCAGAGGCUCCGGGACCUGAACAUAUCGAAAAGAGCCCUGGGGAAGAUUUUGCUGAACACACUGGAUGCUUGCAAGGACCCCACACACGAGGGGAUAUCUGGACCCUCGGCCAUCCUGGAUGCCCUGCACCAAGCUUUGGCUGGCUGUGAACUCCUGCGGAGAGAGCUCUCUGCACCAGCCUCCACAGCUCCUGCACUCACCAACCCCCUCCUCAUCCCCUGCUGAGGUCACUGGCCCAGCCUAUGGGCACCUUGGUCAGCCUGACCUCCAUCAGACCAGCCUCCAGAUUACCCUGACCACCACCAGACCAGGUUCCAUAACCAGCCUGACCACCAUCGGAUGAGCUUCCAUGGCUAGCGCAACCACCAUCACAUCCUUAGAACCCUGGAGACCCUGACUGCUCCUGAGACUGGGCUCAAUCCCAGAGCCUCCCACAACAGAGCCUGGCAAACAUCCUUUCCUUGACUUCCUCCCAGCAGCCCCUGCAUUCCUGCUGCCACAGUUCACAUUCAACCCCCGGGCUGCUGGAUCAGCCCAUACCUGCUGUUGCCUCCCCUGCCCACUUUCUCACACAGCCCAGCCCAGAAUCCCUUCCGUGGUCUUCUGGGGUCUUUUCCCCUCCCAGCAGUGUCCCCUUCUUCUCACUGCUGUACCCAACCUCCAGGCCACACCUGGCCCACUGGGGAAUUCCCACACCCCCAGAAGUGUUGAAGACCAGGCAGGGCUGGGGGAACCCAAGGCGGGGGUGAUUACUGCAAACUUCUGGAUGGAAGCUGCCCUUGAACUAGCUCUAGAAGAGUGGUAGAAUUUAGAGAGAGAGAGGAGGGAAGGGCAUUUAAUGUGCGGAAACAGCAAGAGCAAAGUGUGGUGCCAGAAAGAGCCCCCAUUAGUACAGUACCUGGGACACCUCUUUCCCAAGCAUAAAGUGGGUACUGGAUUUCAUGGGGUCACAGGAAGGAGUAAGAUAAGCUGCCUGGUCUCACCUACCUUAACAUCUCGUAGGAGAGAAAGAUACACUGGCAAAUAGUGUGACAUGGGUGAAAUCAGUGCCAAAUCAAGGUAAAAUAUUUGCAAGAGUCCAGCCAAGAGGAGUUCAUCUGAGCCAAGGAGGAUGGAUGCACCACAGAGGGGAACUGAAGGGAUGAGGGCAGGUGCCUGGAGGGACAGCAGCAGGUCAUGGAGGGACUCGAUGGCAGACGAGGAUCUGGGACUUGCUCCCACAGGCAAUUGGGAGCCAUUGGAGGAUUCUGAGCUGCCUCAUGGAGGGGAGUGAAGAAGAGGCAGCUGUAGGACUGUAGGAGGAAGGGGGCACUAGGAGCCUGGAACCAGAGCUAGGGGACACAGAAGGGGAUCAUGGGGUACCCAGUGGGGAGUCUGGGAGCAGUGGGCACUCCGGGGCAGGGCAGCAGGGACUGGGGACAGACAAUACCUGACUGGCAUUCCUGACUUGUCUGGCCUCAAACACUCAGCAGCUUGGAUGGGGGCAGGAGGCAUCAGGGAGCCACUGCAUGCUCCUGAAUAGAGUGACACAGGCCCCUACCCAGUCUCCCUAUGGUUCCUCUGGGAAUGGAAUGAAAGAGACCAAGGCCAGUGGCCAUUCCAGAGGGGCCACGCUACCCUUGGUCCUGUCAGAUGGGCCAGACUUUUUUGAGAAGGUCCCCAGGACUCCUCAUGGGCCAGUGGACAGGGCUGGGCACUGAGGAGGCUGGUCUGAGCAGAGAGGGCUGCCCCAGCUUGCUCCUCUCAGCUCAGCCUGAGCCCACCAGGCCCUCCUCCUCUGGCUGUGCUGCUAAUGACUGCAUGACCCAGGUGAGGCCCACCUGUGUCCCUGCCCAGUAAGAAGGGUCAGCUGUUCCAUAUCCUGACCAUGGUGUCAGUCAUGGGAAUCUACACAUGUGUUAAGAUUCAUAGAGGGGCGCCUGGGUGGCUCAGUCGGUUAAACGACUGCCUUUGGCUCAGGUUGUGAUCCCAGGGUCCUGGGAUCGAGCCCUGCAUCAGGACUCCCUGCUCAGUGAGGA